AUGGUGCCGAUGACGACAGGACCGGGCGGGGCGGCCCCGGCGGGCGCCGCGGUGGCGGGCGGCGGCGGCAUGAAGUCGAGCCUGGUCUUCCGGGACCAGGUGGCGGCCAUGGGCUCGUGGUUCGAGCUGUGGAACCCGUGCGAGCAGACGGUGGGCCUGUACUCGCUGCUGCGCCGGCUGGGCCCGACCCAGGCGCGCUUCCUGGCGCUGGUGCUUGACCGGUCGCUGGCCGACUGUGCCGAGCUGCGCCAGCGGGAGCGGCACGCGAACGACCCGGCCUACAUCGAGCGGCUCGCGCAUGAGUCGCGCGACCAGGCUCUGGGCCAACUGCUCGGCCUGCUGCCCUUGCUCGCACCGGGAAACCAGGCAGCCAAGGCGGCCUACCUCAGCCUCAUACCGCAGAUGCGAGAGCGGCGCCCCGCGGUCGCGCUGAUCUCUGCUCUGUGA